AUGUCCAAAUUCAACUCGUUUUUCGACAAGGUCAAGACCCAGGCCAGCUCGGCCGGCGCGCAGGCCAGCACCAUGUUCCAAGAGGGCAGCUCGCGCGCUGCUUCCGGCAGCCAGAGCUUUAUGCAGGGCUUCAGCCUCCCCGGAGAGUCGCAGAAGGCUGCCAAGAUCCUCAGGAGCUUCCUCGCCGACCCGUCGCACCCCCAGUCGGCGCUCAACUCUGUCCCCAAGGACGUCCUCCUCCGCUGCAAGGGUAUUGCCGUCUUCACGAUCCUCAAGGCGGGCUUUGUGUUCUCGGGCAAGGCCGGCUCCGGUAUCGUUGUUGCGCGUCUCGCGGACGGCAGCUGGAGUGCCCCUAGCUGCAUUGCCACUGCUGGUGUCGGAUGGGGUCUCCAGAUCGGUGCCGACCUCACCGAGGUCGUCAUGAUCCUCAACAACGACGCGGCCGUCAAGGCCUUCUCUCGCGGCGGCAACGUAACCAUUGGUGGUUCCAUCUCGGCUGCCGCUGGCCCUAUCGGCACUGGUGGCCAGGUUGCCGCCUCGCUCGUCAACCCCGCCCCGAUCUUCAGCUACUCGCGUUCCAAGGGUCUGUUCGCGGGCAUCUCGCUCGACGGCACGGUCCUGGUUGAGCGCUUCGACGCCAACCACUCGUUCUACGGUUCCAACGUUUCGACCACGGAUAUUCUUACCGGUCGUGUGCCCGCCCCGGAAAUUGCGUCGCCCAUGUACGACGUCAUCGAAGCGGCCGAAGGCCUCGACGACAGUGGACUGCCCGCCCAGGGCUACGUGCCAGCGCCGGUCGCUCCCGCCAGCGCGCCACAGGGUGGCGACCAGACAGUCUUCGACUCUGCCGGCGCGCACUGA